UCGGGCUGAAAGGUUGGAACGAAAAGGAACGUCGCUGGGCACCAAUCCACAGCGCGGGCCGACGUCGGAGUCGGUGUGCUCAUUGGCCAAUGGGCGGCGAUUCUGUUUUUGUCGCGGAUUCGGUUGAUCAGUCAGUGGCCAGCUCGCAGCGACGCCGUCUCCUAGUAGUCGGCCGAUGGGGAGUGAGACUUGAAGGUUUCUCCGUGUGAGUGGAGUAGCUGCGGGAGAAGACAGUUGGAUCGCGUUGCCCUUGACACUUAUUUAAGGAAAGUUGCGGACAGAGCCAGUGUUUGGAGCAAACACUUGCCUUUUUUUUUCUCAAUAGGGCUGAGGAUUUGAUGAGUUGUCAAGAUGCCGGUGUUCCAUACGAAGACGAUAGAGAGUAUUCUCGAGCCCGUGGCUCAGCAGAUCUCAAACUUGGUCAUCAUGCACGAGGAGGGCGAAGUUGACGGCAAAGCGAUACCGGACCUCACCGGACCCGUGGCUGCCGUGCAAGCCGCUGUCAGCAACCUUGUGCGGGUGGGGAAGGACACAGUCCAAACAACAGAGGAUCAGAUCAUGAAGAGAGACAUGCCUUCUGCCUUCAUUAAAGUGGAAAAUGCCAGUGGGAAGCUGGUCCAGGCAGCUCAGAUGUUGAAGGCGGACCCAUACUCUGUCCCCGCCCGAGACCACUUGAUUGACGGGUCACGGGGCAUCCUAUCGGGCACUUCCGACCUCCUGCUCACCUUCGAUGAAGCCGAGGUGCGUAAGAUCAUCCGUGUGUGUAAGGGCAUUCUAGAGUACCUCACAGUGGCCGAGGUGGUGGAGAGUAUGGAGGACCUGGUGACCUACACAAAAAACCUGGGGCCAGGAAUGACAAAGAUGGCCAAGAUGAUUGACGAUCGACAGCAGGAACUAACACACCAGGAACACCGCAUCAUGUUGGUCAACUCCAUGAACACAGUCAAAGAGCUUCUGCCUGUCCUUAUCUCAGCCAUCAAGAUCUACGUGACGACGCGGAGUGGGGGGGGGCAGGGGGUGGAGGAGGCGCUGAAGAACAGGAACUACACCUUCGAGAAGAUGAGCGCUGAGAUCAUCGAGAUCAUCAGAGUCCUCCAGCUCACCACCUGGGACGAGGACGCCUGGGCCAACAAGAAGGAUAUGGAGGCGAUGAAGCGGUCUCUGGCUCUGAUUGACUCUAAGAUGCCCGUGGCUAAAGCCUGGCUCAAAGACCCCAACGGCAUGCCAGGGGAGGUUGGUGAGCAGGCGGUGCGAGUCAUCCUGGAUGAAGCGGGGAAGGUGGGGGAGCUGUGUGCUGGGAAGGAGAGGAGGGAGAUUCUGGGCGCUGGGAAAGCCCUCGGCCAGAUUACCGACCAGGUGUCUGACCUCAGAGCCAGAGGGCAGGGCCCCACCCCGGUGGGCAUGCAGAAAGCAGGGCAGGUGGGUCUGGGUCUGGACAUGCUGGUGGGGAAAGUGGAUAACGCAGCACGCAAGCUGGAGGCCGUCAUCAACGCCAAGCAGGCCAUCGCCAAGAGGAUGGACGCCGCGCUGAGCUGGCUGGCGGACCCUAACGGCGGUCCGGAGGGGGAGGAGAACAUCCGGGCGCUGCUGCUUGAGGCCAAGCGGGUCGCAGACAUGUGUGAGGACCCGCGGGAGCGCGACGACAUCCUGCGCUCCAUCGGCGAGAUCGCCGCACUCACCGCCAAACUGGUGGAGCUGCGCAAACAGGGUAAGGGGAACACCCCAGAGGCGCGUGCGUUGGCGAAGCAGAUAGGCGAGGCGCUGCAGACGCUGCAGGUGAAGGUCAACCGCGCCGUGGCCAACAUGAGACCCGCCAAAGCCGCCGUCACGCUGGAGGGCAAGAUGGAGCAGGCCCUACGCUGGAUCAACAACCCCAACGUGGAUGACAACGGAGUGGGUCAGGCAGCGAUCCGGGCUCUGAUAGCGGAGGGGCGUCGGCUGGCGAGCUCCCUGCCGGCUCCGUACCGGCAGGACCUGCUGGCCCGCUGUGACCGCGCGGAGCAGCUGAUGAUGCUGCUGGCAGACAUGGCCGCCCGUGGGGAGGGGGAGACGCCGCAGGCACGCGCUGUAGCCGCACAACUACUGGAGUCACUCAAGGACAUGAAGGCUAAGAUGCAGGAAGCGAUGACUCAGGAAGUGUCUGAUGUCUUCAGCGACACGACCACUCCCAUCAAACUACUGGCUGUAGCUGCCACCGCACCCCCAGAGGCACCCAACAGAGGGGAGGUGUUUGAAGAGCGGGCCUGUAACUUUGAGAAUCAUGCUAACCGUCUGGGUGCCACCGCAGAGAAGGCCGCUGCCGUGGGGACAGCCAAUAGGUCGACAGCAGAGGGCAUCCAGGCUGCAGUGAAGUCAGCCAGGGAACUGACACCUCAGGUGGUCUCUGCUGCUCGUAUCCUUCUGAAGAACCCAGGAAACCAACCUGCGUAUGAGCACUUUGAAACCAUGAAGAACCAGUGGAUUGAUAAUGUUGAGAAACUCACAGCUCUGGUAGAUGAGGCCAUCGACACUAAGUCGCUGUUGGAUGCCUCUGAGGAGGCCAUUAAGAAGGACAUCGAUAAGUGCCGUGUUGCCAUGGCGAACGUCCAGCCUCAGAUGCUGGUUGCCGGGGCGACGAGCAUUGCGCGGAGGGCCAAUCGGAUCCUGCUGGUGGCGAAGCGUGAGGUGGAGAACUCCGAGGACCCCAAGUUUCGGGAGAUGGUGAAGGCAGCGUCCGAUGAUCUCAGCAGGACCAUCUCACCCAUGGUGAUGGAUGCCAAGGCUGUGGCCGGCAACAUCCAGGACCCAGGCCUGCAGAAGAACUUCCUGGACUCUGGCUACAGGAUCCUGGCGGCGGUGGGCAAAGUCAGAGAGGCCUUCAACCCCCAGGAACUAGACUUCCCCCCACCACCACCAGACCUGGAUCAGCUGCAUGUGAACGAUGAGCAGGCCCCUCCUAAGCCCCCGCUGCCUGAGGGUGAGGUGCCCCCUCCCCGGCCCCCCCCUCCUGAAGAGAAGGAUGAGGAGUUCCCGGACCAAAAGGUGGGGGAGGUGGUGAGUGAGCCCAUGAUGGUGGCCGCCCGCCAGCUUCACGACGAGGCCCGCAAGUGGUCCAGCAAGCCGGAGGACUCAGGCGAAGGCUUUGAUGGGGCAGAGGGCGAGGUUGAUGUUGACGAUGAUGACGAGUUCACAGACAACGAGGACGAUUUCGAGCCCGAGCUGAUGCUCAUACCCAACAAUCAGCCAGUUAACCAGCCCAUGCUGGCUGCCGCCCAGGCUUUGCACCAGGAAGCUCGCAAGUGGUCCAGUAAGGGUAACGACAUCAUUGCGGCGGCCAAACGCAUGGCGCUGCUGAUGGCGGAGAUGUCUCGACUGGUGCGCGGCGGCAGUGGCAACAAACGGGCGCUCAUCCAGUGUGCCAAGGACAUCGCCAAGGCCUCCGACGAGGUCACACGGCUUGCCAAGGAGGUCGCCAAGCAGUGCACUGACAAACGCAUUCGUACCAACCUGCUGCAGGUGUGUGAGCGUAUCCCCACUAUCAGCACUCAGCUGAAGAUCCUCUCCACCGUCAAAGCCACCAUGCUGGGUCGCACCAACAUCAGCGAGGAGGAGUCUGAACAGGCCACGGAGAUGCUUGUGCAUAACGCUCAGAACCUGAUGCAGUCUGUGAAGGAGACGGUGCGCGAGGCGGAGGCAGCCUCCAUCAAGAUCCGCACCGACGCCGGCUUCACCCUGCGCUGGGUCCGCAAGACUCCGUGGUACCAGUGAGACCACCUUCACAUGAUCCCGUGACCUUUCACCCCUCUGCCGCCACCUGCACUGUGAGCGAAGGAGGGUGGCGGUGAGCUGGUCAACGCCAGGCGGUCCGGACUCGUAGACUUUAUAUCUCUGCGCUUGCUUCUGAGCAUUGUUUUGUAUUGAUCGGUAUUGAUCAGGAUUGAUUGAUUACUUUGACACUGCGUUUACUGAUGUGGCGUGGAGUGGUAUGGUAUGGGCCGCUCCUCUGGGAAGUUUUGAUUCUCUUCCGAAAGGUUCGCUGUCGUCCCGUUACACUGUAGAAUACCAUCAGAGGGUUUUUGGAAUAUAUAUUUUUGGUAUGUUGCAUUUCCAGAGUUUAUCCAAAUUCCAGGUAUUUAUAUAUUUUUUUUGCAUGAAGAGUUUUUGUUCCUUUUUCUAUUUUUGAAAUGAAGGCGAUGUGGUUUGUCCUCUUAAAUGAAGUUUACUCUUAAUUCAGUUUUCACAGCAGGAUUUUCUUAACGAGGAAACAUGUACAUAUUUCUAUGCUCUAGAGCUGUCUCCAUGCAAAGCUUUAUUUUAGUCAGUUUGUUUGCUUUGCUUCAAGGCUGAUAAUGUGCGGUUCACUUCUGACACCGUUUUAAGCUAAGCCACUCACAAAGCAUCUGCUGGCUGUGUUUACUACGUUUUAGUACUUCACAUGCUUUACGAAAGAUAGUUUUAGAGUUUAUCGUUUUAGAGUUUAUCGUUUUAGAAAGUUUUUAGAGUUAGUGUUCAUUUGCAGUCUGUUCAGGCACCUCCAGGCUGUAGUUUGCCUUGCAUGGUGUGCCAUCCCUGGGCAUGAAGGACGCCAAAGACUUAGUAAGAUUCAUCUUUCAUGUUGUCAGUCCAGUCUAUGCACCACACACACACACACACACACACGCACACACACACACACACACACACACACACACACACAUACACAUUCCAUGUUGUCAGUCCAGUCUAUACUCAUUACCACAAACACACACACACACACACACACACACACACACCUACACCUACACACACACACACACACACACACACACACACACACACACACACACACACACACACACACACACACACACACACACACACACACACACACACACACACACGUUGUCCUGUUUACACUCAUGACUCCUUUGGCUCUGAUGAAACUCUUGGACAGGUCAGGCAUGAAUCUGACAGUUUACUUUGCUUGACAUUUUUUACUAGCAUUUAAACAUUUGUGUGAGAGUGGAAAUUAUAUAUUUUUUUGCUGUGUGAUUAUUUAAAUGUAUUUUUGAAGGAAAAAAAAAGGCUGUUAGUAUAAUCGCAAAACAGUUGAGCUGUUUCUUCCUGUGGAAUUAAACAUCGAUGCCAUACUAGAGCCGGCCAAUCAGAGCUCAGGAUGCAGCUGACUCUGAAACGGAAUUAGAGCGGGUCCAGGCCAGAACCGGGCCAAAAUAGAUCAGAACCGGAGCAUUCUGCGCUCUGAUUGGCCGGAACCGCUGCAUUCUGCGCUCUGAUUGGCCGGAGCUUCUAGGCGAAUCCGGCGAGCUCUGCGGUCGGAGGUGAGGCGUGUGUGUGGUAUUCACUCAGCUCAGUGCUGCUCAGGAGCCGUCUUAGUACUUGCCUGAUCAGAAAUCUGUGGGGAUGUCAGAAACAGGACCCCCGUGGGGCCGGAGUGAGGACCAGGUCUAUUGGGUGUUUGCACCUGUGCAGAAUGUGUACCAGUUGUUUUAAUCUCAGGGCUAACAACCAAAUGAGGUUAGGAUUAAAGACUGCACCCAGAUUAAACCACUACGCAAGUAACCUAUAUUCAUUGUUGAAAAAAAAAAAAAAAAUUCAUUUAACAAUAUUGCAUUAUAAGAGAAACUGGUUCAAAUUUUGCUUGGUCGCAAGUGUUGAUAUCUCGCCAGCAUCCUUUGUGACAAGCUGUGUGUGUGUUUAUUUUUUUAAUGUUAAGACUUAUUUAUACAUGAAGGUGAAGAUGAGCACAAAAACUUCUGUGAUAUGCAGGGCUUCUCUUUGUCUGAAAGACUCCACCGUAUGGGGAGUCUACAGAUCUCUCUCUCUCUCUCAGCUAACUGUUAGCCAGCUAGAGCACUGCCUUGCACCGACUUAUAGCUUUUAACUGUGUCAGGAUAGAAUAAGAAGGUUCCUACUAUGAACCAGGUCUUCAGUAGUGCCUCCUGUCAUGUCUAUGUGAAGAGUUCCUAAAGACCUGUGAAAAAGUGUGACUUUUGUUUCUGAAUGUAUACGGAUGCCACGGACACCACCGUAGAAUUGUUUUUCUUUUCAACCCAUAAAGCUGAGUGCAGUGUC